AGGAUAUGUGCUUUAAGCCUAGCCAAAAAGGGGAGGGCUUUGUACUGAUAUGAUUUGAUUAAGGUGACGUUCUUUCAUAUCUACAGCACUGCUUGGGGUAACUGCAACUCUCCGGAAGGCGAUGUUGUCUUUCAUCAAAAAUGUAAACGGAUGAAUCUCGCUCUGAAAUCUGACAGAUUCUUAAAACGACACAAUGAGCUGAUACGCGCAGUGGUGAAUAUGAUUGGUAUAAUCACAGCAGAUGGUAUGUUUGGCAGAGCUGCACAAAGGCACAUCGUGUGACAGUGAGAUCAUCUCUAGCAACGCAACUUUCUGUUUCAACUAAGGGGACUGGUAGUGGCAUGACACCGUUGCCAUGGUGACAUCAGACCGUGAGACUGGGCCUGAUCAUGGGAGGCAGAAAGGAGGCACUGUUUGGAAGAACCUGUCCAAAUACACCCCUAUCUUCUUUUUUCUGGCCCUGUCUGGAAUCAUCUUCCUGUUGCGCAACAUUCACACUCUUGAGAAGCUCAACUGCCAAACAGUGUCGACACUCUACCAGUUCCAGAGCAGCAUUCAUUCAGCCUUCACCCCAGAGGAACAACCUCCUGUGGAUCACAACCGGAGCUACUGUGGCCACCUGGGCCUGGAGCCCUCAGCCGAGGAGGCUCUGGAGCAGCGUUACCUCCUGGAGUCCAUCGCGUGGCCAGAGCCUCAGCCUCGGCUGACGCCUAGACCCCUGCGGCAGACCAGUGACCCUGCACACAGCCUGUUUGCAAUCCUGCCCGGAGGGGGCGGGAGAGAGUGGCAUGUGGGGGAUCAGCUAGAGGCGCUAGUCCAUAUGCAUGACUUCCAGGGGCGUCCCAAGCGUCACGGUGGGGACUUCCUGCUGGCCCGGCUGCAUUCCCCAGAGUUGGGGGCGGGUGUUGCAGGACAGGUGCUGGACCACCGGAAUGGGCUCUACUCAGCCGUGUUCCCGUUACUAUGGGAGGGGUCUGUACGGGUAGAGGUGACACUGGUCCAUCCUAGUGAGGCAGUUGCUGUGCUGCGUCGGUUACGAGAGGAACAUCCCGACCGUGUCUUCUUCAAGAGUCUGUUCCGCUCUGGAUUCCUGUCUGAGACCACCGUGUGCAACCUGUGCCUGCCAACCACCCGGCAGCCGCUGUGCAAUUAUACGGACCCUCACACAGGUGAACCAUGGUACUGCUACAAGCCCAAACUGCUCAGCUGUGACACGCGGAUCAACCACGCCAAAGGAGGCUACCAAAAACACCUGCUCACCAACAAAGAGUCACUACUCUUCCAGAGUGGUGUAAACAUCAAAGUCCGUGUUCAUGCUUCCGGGUCUGACAGUGUCAUUGUGCAGCCUGAGAAGAAAGACAAACCAGAGAUGGAGAGCAGCAGUGUGAGAGCGGAGCCUAUCAGGGUCACUCCAUCUGGGUAUUACUUCCAAGGGUCAUGGCGAGCGCUGGGUGGUGUCACAAUGCAUCAGUUUAACGACUCUUCUGCCAUUACUCAGUGUCUGAAGGGCAAGGUGGUGUACAUGUAUGGAGAUUCCACUGCUAGACAGUGGUUCGAGUACCUCAAUGCCUUUGUCCCAGAGCUGAAGGAGUUCAACCUUCACAGUCCUAGGAAUGUGGGGCCUUUCAUGGCAGUGGACAGCACCCACAACAUCCUGCUGAGAUACCGCUGUCACGGUCCUCCAAUACGCUUCUCCACUGUCAUUGCCAGUGAGAUGCGCUAUGUAGCUAACGAGCUGGACGGCCUGGCGGGAGGCCCAGAUACCGUGGUGGUCCUCAGCGUUUGGGCCCAUUUUAGCACCUUCCCUGUAGAGGUCUACAUACGCAGGCUACGCCACAUUCGACGGGCGGUGGUGCGGCUUCUGGACCGGGCUCCGGGGACCCUGAUAGUGGUGCGUUCAGCCAACCUCCAAGCCCUGGACCCAGAGGUGAGCCUGUACAAUAGUGACUGGUUCUCAGUACAGCUGGACGGUGUGCUCAGGGCCAUGUUCAGGGGUCUGGAUGUCUUGCUGGUGGAUGCCUGGGAGAUGACCCUUGCUCACCACCUCCCCCAUGCUCUCCACCCGCCUCCAGUCAUUGUCAAGAACAUGAUUGACACUAUCCUCUCUUACGUAUGCCCAGAGAAGAGCUAGCCCGAGAAAGGAAAAGAGUAUGGAAGAUUACAAAUUUGUGUGAGAUGGGGAGUGUGGUUAUGUUUACAAGAGUUACCUAUAGUGUAAUCACAAAGCUCACCUGUUUACUGCGAGCAUGGCCUGAUGUAGCCUAAGCCCUAUCUGCUGUGUACCUGCUUCCUGUAUAUGGGAUCCGCUGUUGUGAAGUGACCUAGUGUUUUUAUCAACCAUCUCACAGUCACCAAUAAACCAGGAGCGAUAGGGAGAUAAACAACGGGACUGAUUGAAUCAGUCAACUAUGAACAGAUUACUGACUUGGACCCCACCUGCUGUAUUUAAAGUUGAAUGGCCAACAGUUCAAAGGGUUCUUGUUUCAAAGGAUUAUUUUAAGAAAUGUGUGUGUGAAGUUUUAUGCAAUAGUUUCUGACAUCCAGUGUUUGUUUUAUGGGAAACAGCCUUGUUAUUGAAUUGUGACUCACAGAUUGUUAAAAAAAAAAAACUACAGAUUUCAACUAAUUCUGUUCAAUACACUUUUGCAAAACUUGAAUGGAAUAUCGGCUGCCAUUAAGUGCAAUAAGUUUAUGUAGGCUACUGCAGUGCAGUAGGGGAGAUUGAGAGUGGGAAAUGCAGUAUAACAAAUGCAUGGAAAAUGACACAUUUGCCAAAUCCUGUACUUCAGACAUGCAUUAAUGAUGUUCUCACUCUAAAUAUCAAGUAUGUUUGGGUUUACAGAAACUGGAGCUAAGUUUCGAAGGUAUUUUGACAAAAGUAAAUGUGAGGAAAAUAAUACCAAACAAUGGGCUUAUGGUUACAAACCUCAAUGUGAAUCCAGCUCUGUCAUGUCAAAUAAAUCUUUGGUUUGGUUUAGUGUGGGCCUCUAGGAAAUGCCCAAGGCAUGUCACCACAAUUUAGCCUACAACCUAACAACCUAACAGAUUAAUAUUUGUUAACUCAGUUCUGUACCAAAUCAUGUGCUUUCCUAUGUAUUCCAUGUCCAAGGAUGUUCAGAAACGUAACCCUUGAGGACUUUGUCUGCUGGUUUUUGUCAUCCAUUAAGAAGUUUACAGGCCUGAAUCAGAUGGUGAUGGAAACAGCUAGGUCAUCAACCAGCAGACAGCCUUCCUUCAGGACUGGCAUUAUUCUUCUUAUCCACUGUUAUUUUUAAGUACUUCUGCAACAGUUUACAUCAAAAUGUGACAUUAUUUAAAUCUAGGAAUAACUUUUAUCAUGUAAGUGUUUACCCUUUUAAGACUCUUGUUAGGCAGUCUCAAAGUGAUGCCAUUUUGUAGCUAACGGUUACAGCAGUAUUAUUGCCUAUGCCAUACACCACAGCUGGAAUGCUUUAACAUGUUACCAUUUGCCAAGCUUCGCUAUUGCCGAGUGUUACCUCACUUCCUACCAGUUACCAUAACAGUGUUAACUUGCCACAAUUCAAAUAUAUCUCCCAUUGAACAAUUGCAAUAAAGUGAUUGGUGAUUUA